AUGCCGCUUGUUUCUGGUUUCACUCUUCGAUUUUUCGAAUUUAGUAUCGCGGUCGCGGUCGCGGAUAGGUCGCGAGUAGGUCCCGAAACGAACGUUCAUUUAUUUUUUGGUUUGCGAUUAGAAAGACUCGAGCUAGAUGUAAAUUUCAGCGGGCAUUGCGCUCGAAGAAAGAAAAGGCUAGAAGCCGAAGAGGCCCGGCAAACUGCCACGAAGAGGGUCGCAACGAAUGACUUCUCAUCCUCUGGAUCAUUAAAAUGA